ACCGCCAUCUCUUGUUCCCACCCCCAACAAAACCCAUCAAACUUCACUCCGACACCUACACCUUCCCCCCGCCGCCGCCCCAAGUACAUCCCCAACCGCAUCUCGGACCCCAACUACGUCCGCAUCUUCGACACCACUCUCCGCGACGGCGAGCAAUCCCCCGGCAUCUCUCUAACCUCCAAGGAAAAACUCGAAAUAGCCCGGCAGCUAGCCAAGCUCAGUGUCGACAUCAUCGAGGCUGGCUUCCCCGCCGCCUCCAACGGCGAUUUCGAGGCCGUGAAGACCAUUGCCAAGGAGGUUGGCAAUGCUGUCGAUGCCGAUGGGUACGUUCCGGUCAUCUGUGGCCUCUCUCGGUGCAAUGAGAAAGAUAUUCGAAGAGCCUGGGAAGCUGUCAAGUACGCUAAAAGACCCAGGAUUCAAACCUUCAUUGCCACAAGUGCUAUUCACAUGGAAUUCAAGUUGGGGAAGACGAAAGAACAGGUCAUUGAGAUUGCAAGGAGUAUGGUGAGUUUUGCAAGGAGCUUGGGCUGUGAUGACGUCCAGUUUGGCCCCGAAGAUGCUGGGAGGUUUGCUUUUCAGCUUGCUUUUUCAGUUUUCUGA